UUGGAAUUUGUUGCGAACACCGCGUGGUGUUUAUGCUAGCGAUUCCUCAUUUAUUUUCCUUUUUUGCCGUGGAAAAUAAAUAAAUAGCCACAAAAAUGAGUUUGUACAACUUUAAAAAGAUCAUGGUGGUGCCGCCAGCAAAGGACUUCAUCGACAUUAUGCUGUCGAAGACACAGCGAAAGACACCCACAGUCGUGCACAAGGGCUAUAAAAUCUCGCGUAUUCGUGCAUUUUACACGCGCAAGGUUAAAUACACGCAACAGAAUUUCCACGAUCGUCUCUCGCAGAUAAUACAGGAUUUCCCCAAGCUUGACGAUGUGCAUCCAUUCUAUGCAGAUUUAAUGAAUGUGCUGUAUGACAAGGAUCAUUACAAACUGGCGCUGGGUCAGCUCAACACAGCCCGGCAUUUGAUCGACAAUGUGGCCAAGGACUAUGUGCGCCUGCUUAAGUACGGUGACUCGUUGUACCGAUGCAAGCAGCUGAAGAAGGCCGCCCUGGGUCGCAUGGCCACCAUUAUGAAGCGCCAGGCAUCCAACUUGACAUACCUCGAGCAGGUGCGUCAGCAUUUGUCACGUUUGCCCACCAUUGAUCCGUAUUCGCGUACAAUCAUCAUUUGCGGCUUCCCUAACGUGGGCAAAUCUUCGUUCAUAAACAAAAUCACUCGCGCCGACGUCGAGGUGCAGCCGUAUGCCUUUACCACAAAGUCCUUGUAUGUGGGUCACACAGAUUACAAAUAUCUGCGCUGGCAAGUUAUUGACACUCCCGGCAUUCUGGAUCAUCCGCUGGAGGAGCGCAAUGUCAUUGAAAUGCAGGCCAUUACUGCAUUGGCUCAUUUGCGUGCCUGUGUUUUGUACUUCAUGGAUAUAUCGGAGCAAUGUGGUCACUCCUUGGAGGAGCAAGUGGCUCUCUUCGAGAGCAUUAAACCUUUGUUCACAAACAAACCGCUCAUUUUGGCCAUCAACAAGAUUGACAUACUGCAGCUCGAGGAUCUGCCAGAAGAGCGGCAAGCGAUAAUCACAAAACUGCAGGAGGAUAAACAGGUUCCGGUUAUGUUUAUGUCCACGGUGCAGGAGACGGGUGUGGUGGAGGUGAAGAACGAAGCAUGUGAGCGUCUGCUCUCCUAUCGUGUGGAUCAGAAGAUGCGCACCAAGAAGGUGGAUAACAUUCUGAACCGUUUGCAUGUGGCUAUGCCUGCUCCUCGUGAUGACAAGGUUCGAGCUCCUUGUAUACCAGAGCAGGCGUUGGCUCGUCUCGAGAAGAACGCUAUGAAGGCUGAGCGCAAACGCAAACUGGAGAAGGAGAUUGAAGAGGAAAUGGGCGACGAUUACACUCUGGAUCUGAAGAAGAACUACCAAGAAAUCGCAGAGGAGGAACGUUACGAUGUGAUACCCGAAUUCUGGGAGGGUCGCAAUAUUGCGGACUACAUCGAUGCCGAUAUCUUCGAGAAGCUGGAGGAACUGGAGCGCGAGGAGGGUCUCCGAGAGGCUGGUGGCGUUUACGCAGUGCCCGAUAUGUCCAUGGACGAAACACUCAAAGAGAUUCGCGAAAUGGCCAAACAAAUCCGUGGCAAACGUUUCGAAUUGCGCGAUGAGAAGCGUCUGUCAUCCAGAAAGAACAAGCCCGUCAUUCCGCGUCACAAACAGCCCAAGGUGCGUGAUCGUUCCGUCAAGAAACUCGUGGAGACCAUGGAAGGACUGGGUGUGGAUAUGUCUGGCAAUGAGCAGGCCAAUUACACGAAGUCCGUUAUGGAUCUACGACGCAGCGUUGUCGCUGUUGGCAGCAAGACGACACCCAAGCAGCCUCUGCUUGACAAGGAGUCCUCUGCGGUGGUAAAGAAGACAGGCCAGCCACUGAAGCGUAAGCCGACUCGUGAUACGCUUGGCAUCAAGGAUGUGGCCAUCAGGAAGAAGGCCCAGAUCAUGGCCAAGCGCGACAUUGCGAAGAAGGUGACGCGGAUGGGUCUCAAGGGCGAAGCGGAUCGUUUCAUUGGCACCAAAAUGCCAAAGCAUUUGUAUUCCGGCAAACGUGGCACAGGCAAAACCGAUCGUCGUUAAGUGUCUUAGCUUUAUCUAUAGUUUAUAUCCUUAUGAAUCGCUGCAUCGUAACCAACAUCUACACAAAAGAAAUGAAAGUUGUGUUCAAUAAAUAUUCAAACGUCUUGGAAUAUUUACAGCAAA